AAGGUGGCAACGUCCCCAGACUAUCUCCCUUCUAAGCUGACAAAAAUAGUUUAUUCGUGGUAAACAAACCAAGUGCACAUAUUUAGCCAGAGCGAUUUGCACUCAAAAGCAAUAUCCACGCCUGCCCGUGAUUAAUGCAGCACCCGAGGAGGCAUGACAAAUCCGCACAUUAAACCGACAACUCCGCGGACAGCGUGGCAUUAAAUUACACGGGCUCCUUACAAUAGUUAUCUUGAUAUAGCCAAUAUAUAGUGUGUAUAUGCAUGUAUAUACACACUUCCUCCAGCAGCAGAAUGACAGAUAAUAAGGGGAACGUUAUCACCAUUAAGGUCGGCGAAUCGCCGGGAAGUUCGCCGCCCUCGCAGCGGAAGUCCUCGACGUCGGAAUCGCCACCGGAACUGCGAAUCCUUUGCUUUGACCUCACCUACUACAACCGCACCACUCAGUUCCUGCUCAGCUGUGCCGGCGUCUUCUUCCUGUACAUCCUGUACGGGUAUCUGCAGGAGCUAAUUUUCACCGUGGAAGGAUUCAAGCCCUACGGAUGGUUCCUCACUCUCGUCCAGUUUGGCUACUACAUCGGCUUCGGCUUGGUGGAGCGACGCUUGGAGGGCUAUCGGAUAAGCGGCGGUUCCUUUUGGAACAUUGAGCCGGAGCCACGUUGCAUUCCGAUGAGAACAUACCUAAUUCUGGCUGCUCUUACCCUGGGUACUAUGGGUCUCUCCAACUCAAGUCUCGGCUACCUCAAUUAUCCCACCCAAGUGAUUUUUAAGUGCUGCAAGCUCAUUCCCGUGUUGGUGGGCAGCAUCCUCAUUCAGGGAAAACGCUAUGGACUGCUGGACUUUGCGGCAGCCACCUGCAUGUGCAUCGGAUUGGCCUGGUUUACGUUGGCCGACUCCCAGAUGACGCCCAACUUCAAUCUGCUGGGCGUGGCCAUGAUUUCGGGAGCUCUGCUCUGCGAUGCAGCCAUUGGAAAUGUCCAGGAGAAAGCGAUGCGAGAGUUCAAGGCGCCCAGCAGUGAGGUGGUGUUCUACUCAUACGGCUUGGGUUUUGUGUACCUAUUUGUGAUUAUGCUGGUUACCGGCAACUUCUUCAGCGGCUUUGCCUUCUGCUUGGAGCACCCUGUUGAGACCUUUGGCUAUGGCUUCCUGUUUAGUUUGUCCGGCUAUCUGGGCAUUCAGUUCGUGCUGGCUCUGGUGAGGAGUAGUGGUGCUCCCAUAGCUGCCACAGUGACCACCGCCCGCAAGGCUGUGACCAUUGCCUUUUCCUUCGUGCUCUUUAGCAAGCCCUUUACCUUACAAUAUCUGUGGUCUGGUCUCAUUGUUGUCCUAGGAAUAUAUCUCAAUGUCUACAGCAAGAGGAACAAGCUGACGUUGGCCGACAUCCGGCAGAAACUUAAGCAAUUUGGAGCCAAGAUUGCCCGCUCACCGAGUCGCAAAUUCCUUAUCGAAGUUUAGAACGAUACCAAAAACAUUUACAUUUUAGUCGAAUUGGAAGCAUGGUUUUUCUACAAG